AUGAGUGAAUCCGAACGGAAAAAUACAGAUCAAAAGUAUGUGCUCAUCACCGGCGCUUCAGCAGGUAUAGGAUAUGAACUUGCCAAGGUUUUCAGCGCAGAAGGUUACAAGGUCAUUGGUGCUUCACGGACAGUGAUGGACUCACAAAGUCCUCUUGUUGCAAAACAUGGGGUUAUUUCGGUCCCAUGUGACAUCACCAAACUUGAUGACAUCAAGAGGUUGGAAGAUGUUGUGUUCAAAGAGACUGGGGGCUACUUAGAUAUCUUAUACAACAAUGCUGGAAUUGCUAUCGGAGGUCCCGCGGCCGAGAUGGAUGAAACCAAAGUGGACAUGAUGUUUCAAGCAAAUGUAAUUGGACAAAUCAAUGUCACCAAACAUCUUGCUCCGUUCGUGGUAAACGCAAAGGGGAUAAUCGUUUUCACCGGUUCUGUAUCUGCCAACUUGCCGCUCGCAUGGUCGAGUGUUUAUAGCGCCACAAAGGCAGCCAUUGAUGCGUAUGCUCGUACUUUACACGGGGAGAUGGAACCAUUUGGAGUGAAAGUAUACAACAUAAUUACAGGAGGUGUCAACACCGGGAUUGGUGCCAAAGAGUCACCCGCAGAAGUUGAGAAGCUGCUUCAAAACUCAUUGUACAAUGUUGAUGGUCUUUCUGAAAGUAUUAUUGCCACAAAGGAGAUGACUGAGAAGGAUGGAAUGAAUGCGGGGCUCUACGCUAGAGACGUCGUUCAGAAAAUAUUGGGUAGACCAAACAAAUUCAAUUUGUAUGGGGGAGGUAAUGGCUACACUUUGAAUUUUAUAGGAAGAUACUAUCCUUUGUGGUCGGUAGAGUAUAUCAUGCAAUGGUACUUCAAACAGCUUAGGGUGUUUAGAAAUAUAAGAAAACUGGUCCUGAAAGGUGCUUGA